AUGGCUCGCUUCGCCGUGGUCGCCGCCAUCGUCGCCCUCCUGGCCAUCGCCGCCGCCGCGCAGGGUCCCAUGCCGGCGCCCAAGAUGGCCCCGCUGCCGGCGCCCCCGACGAGGUCGCCCCCGACCGCAUCCGCGCCGUCCCCGAUGGCCUCUCCCCCGGCCCCGCCCACCGACGCCCCCACCGGCGCUCCUUCCGCGAUGACGCCUUCCGCGGUCGCCGGAGCACCCGCGGGCGCACCUGCCGGCGCGCCCAGCGGCACCACCCCCGCCAGCUCCGCCGUCUACGCCUCCUCCGUCAGCUUCGUCGCCGUCGCCGGUGCCGUCGCCGCCGCCGUCAUGUUCUAGAUGCAGCGGUCCUCGCUCGACCGCCGCGGGAGUGCCACUCUGUUUUCAUUAGUAGUACUGUUGUUUAUACAACGAGAUUCAUUUUUUAGAGGCUGCGGAGAGAGUGACAUGACAUGACAUUGCCAUGUUAUCUUGCUACAUACUGUAUGCUCGAGGUCAUUAUUAAUAGAAUUCUUUCAUUUGUUA